AUGAAUACUAUGAAUAGCUUAACAUUUCCGGGAAACUUGAUUGUUAUGAGACAUAGCGAACGCUUAGAUCAAGUGGUGCCAAACUAUUUCGCUUCUCUCGACAAUCCUUCAUAUCAAAGAACAGAUUGUAAUAUGAAACCAGGGUUGCCAGUUAAUAGAGAUCUCGAGCACUAUCGUUAUGACUCUCCCAUUACCUCAAACGGAGAACACAUUGCUAAGCUAGUUGGGAGAGAAUUAGAUCUCAUGAAUCUUGUCCCAGACAUAAUUUAUUCUUCACCUUCAUUGCGUUGUUUGCAAACCGCUGAGAUCGUAGCAAAGAUGAGUGGAAGUAAAAGCUUGAUAAGAGUUGAGUCUUGUUUGUUUGAGAACAUUGAAUCAUAUCCAGCGAACAUUCCAACUUUCCUUAAUGAGGAACAAAUGAAGAAAUUCAUGAUCGAAGAAAAUUUCACACCGCUUCUUCCAGCGAACCAGUUGUUUGAUCAAUACGAGUCGACUGAACAGUACAACAUACGAAUUCAUAGUGUUCUGAAACGUGUGUUGAAAUUGGGAGAGAACCUGGAUAAACCUUCAAGCACUGUUUUGAUUGUUGCUCAUGCGUCUACAGUUGAUAUGGCAGUCGGACUUCUUAGAGACUGUCCUCGUUUAACUACUGAUCAAGAUCUCUAUAAGAUUGGAGAUAAAAUCCCAUAUUGUUCAACAGUCUUAUUAAAAAAGAAACAGGAAAAGUGGAUUCCAAGCCAUUCAUUACCAUUCAUCACAUCGAAAAUGUUUACAAAUCGUCCUGAUUAUGAAUUUAUUGAGAGAUCUUAA